CGCCGGUGGACGGUAGCUUCGGUGACGUGGCUUGGUGACGUGGCUUGGCGGCGCGCAGUGUGUAUCUGGGCUCGGUAAGGGCUCGGGCAUGAUUGGGCUGCUGGUGUCUUAGGUCGGGCCAAGUCCGUUGUGCCACGGUGGUCAUCUGAGCUUUGCCUGUCUUCUGGGUAGACUUCCGACUUCGAUUGGCCUCCGCUCGGUGCAGGGGUGCGCAGGCUGUGCGCAGGGUGGGCACCAGGGUUGGCCCAAGGUUGGGGGGGAGGGUUGGUGCAGGGCCGGGGGGAGGGUUGGCGCAGGGUUCGGGGAGGCUUGGUGCAGGGUUGACAUCGGCUCGUCAUCGGCUCGGCGGAGGAUGUCAGCGAUGGUGGUCGACGUCCGCAAUGCUCUCAAUGGAGAGCUGACAUCUGUAGAAAAAGAUCGAAUCAAGAUAUCUGAGGCCUUCAAGAAGGCGAUGACGCGGGAGCUUCCUUUGGAUGAGAAAGCAUCUACCGCCAUAUUCGAUGGCAUUGGAAAGGACGUUAAGGUGGAAAAGCUCGGCAGCGAAGAGAACGCUUUCUUGGAGAAUGCAGUGAGAUCGCUUCUUGACGAGCUUGUGAGGUUGGCUUUGAAGGAGGGAGUGCCGGUAAUGCAGUAUGGAAAAGGGAUUGGCAAUGGGGAUACCAACAAAGGCUUUGUGCCCCGUCUACUUGAUAUCGUUCUUCUUUUGUGCAGAGAUGCACACGUGGAGGCCGGAUUGAUAUUUACUCUCCUCCUCGAUCUCACUGAGGCGUCCACCAUCGAGGAUUGCAAUGACGUCUUCUCUUAUAUCGAGAGCCAGCAAGAAGUUCUGGGGAAGACGGAACUUCACACUAGGGGAAAGCUGGUCAUGCUGCGGACGUGUAACCAACUUUUGCGGCGAUUAUCAAAGGCAAACGACAACGUCUUUUGCGGACGGAUUAUCAUGUUCUUGGCCCAUUUUUUCCCUCUUUCAGAACGAUCAGGAACGGACUUGGAUGCCAAAUUCUACAAGAUGUUCUGGGGCUUGCAGAACUAUUUUAGGAAUCCACCAAGCGCGCUGGUCGCGUCAACGUUUCAAGCAUUCUCAAGGGACCUCCAGGCAGUGCUAAGCGUGUUUGAGAGCCAACGACUCACAGGGGAUGACGAGGCUGCAGACGAUGCUCUAGUCGAUGGCGAUGACCUGACGUACAACACCAAAUAUCUCACGAGCACGAAGCUGAUGAGCCUACAGAUCAGGGAUCCCAACUUCCGGAGACAUUUCCUGGUGCAGUGCUUGAUCCUCUUCGACUAUCUCGCGAGCCCUGCAAAAGUGGAGAAGGACCAUUUGCGUGAGGAUCAGGUUUGGUGGAAACGCGAUAACUGUAUGCCUUUCGAGAAACCAGCUACGGAGAAGCUCCCGCCGGCAACAUCGCAACGGCGACGGACACGAAGGAAUCUGCUGGGUAAUCCCGAGCUUAGUCGGCUGUGGCAGUGGGCGCAGGCCAACCCGGAUGUCCUUGUGGAUCGGGACCGCGUAAAAGUGCCCUCCAUUUUGGAAUACUGGAAGCCCCUGGCAGACGAUAUGGACCCAAGCGCAGGUAUUGAAGAGGAGUAUCACCACAAGAAAAACAAAGUCUACUGCUGGCGUGGGUUGCGGCUGAAUGCCCGACAAGAACUAGACCUGUUCGCCAAGGUGACCGAGCAAGGCAUAGAGGGCGCCGUCCCGGCUCAAUUGCUUCCGGAGAAGAAGCGGCAGCAAACGGCAGGAAAGCAGACGUCGCCGACUGUGAAACAAGCACGAGUGGAGAAGAAAGACGAGCAGGCAGAGCGACCUCCAGCGACGCAAGCGCAGCCAAAUACUGACGAUGCGGCUAUGGUGGAAGGAACGGCCGCAGAGGCGGAAGAAGACAGCACGGCUAUGGACGCGGAGCCCGCAGCGGCAGAAAACGCAGAGCGUGAAAACACGACGGCGGAAGAUGGUGCCGCCUCCACUACUACUCAGAAGAGCGCAGGAGGUCGGGAAGAUGCAAGUGCGGCCGCGUCUGAUAAAAAAACAGAUGCGAAUGCGCCACUGGUAUCAUUGACAACGGCAGCAGCGAAGCCGGCAACAUGAGGCCAAUGUAAUAAUAAAAUUAAUAUCAGAUUAAUUUCUUGCCAUGUAUUCCUGUUCUGAGCUCUACUGUAAUUACCAAAGUUUAGUCAGUGCAGCAAUACCGCUCCUCCCCGCCCUCCUUUUGAUGGACCGCUGUAGCGGUUAGUCGUCCUCUUCGCGCACCUUUCGCGUACUCUUUGCUUGCUAUGUCGGCAGUGCCAGAUCUUUUUGAAAUUUGUUGAGAUGAGAAUGAGAAUAUUCUGUGUUAAAAAAAAAAAAAGAUUCUGUGUGGAUAUGGUUUGUUCGUUCCUUACCUCCUACCUACCUACCACUACGUGCAGAAGGAACAAUUUUGCAAAUUUAUCGCCGAUUAG